CCGACACUGAAGUUUUGAUGCUUGCACUUUCCUGAUCUUACCAGAAGAUGUCACAAAACGUUUUCUAACAAGAACAUGACCCAUCUGUCUUCCUCAAAUGGUCCUUAAAUGGUUUGUCUGACAUGACCACGGAUGGCAGUUACCUGUCAUGCCAUCAGGAAUAACUACUAUCAUAUUGUCACUUGCUGACAGUGAUUUUUUUUUUUUUUUUUUGAGACAGAGUCUCACUCUGUAGCCCACACUGGAGUGUGAUGGUGCAAUCAUGGCUUGCUGCAACCUUGAUCUCCUGGGCUGAAGCAGUCCUCCCACUUCAGCCUCCUGAGUAGCUGGGACUACAGAUGCAUGCCACUGUGACCAGCUAAUUUUUUUUUAAAUUUUAUUUUGUAGAGAAGGGGUCUUGCUGUGUUACUGGGGCUGGUCUUGAACUCCUGGGCUCAAGCAAUUUGUCCAUCUUAGCCUCCCAAGUAGCUGGGACUACAGGUGCACACCACUGCACCUGGCUAAUUUUUCGAAUUUAUUUUUUGCAGAGAUUGCAUCUCACUUUAUUGGCUGGGCUGGUCUUGAACUCCGGGGCUCAAGUAAUCCUCCCACCUUGGCCUCCCAAAGUGUUGGGAUUACAGGUGUGAGUCACCACGCCUGGCUCUGGCAGUGAUGAAAAGGUGUUCUAGAUUAUGAGAUUCAUCCUUACUUAGAAGUGUUUAAAUAUGUAUAUUAGAAUCAGUAAAAUAUGAUGUAAUAAAAAGAAUUAAAUGAGGCAUAUUCUGCUCUCAUUGGGAAGACUCUGAAGAUGUCAUAGUCUUCAAAUUUUAAUCCAUAAAUUUAAUGUGAUUUCCCCCCUAAAAUGCCAGCAGCCUAUUCCAAAGUUUAUAUGGAUCAGUAAUUUCACUUCUAAGCAUUAAUUAACAUUGUCAAAAAUUGUAUGUGUACAAGGUUGUGUAAUGCAGUAUUUUUUAUAAUAGUAAAGAUUAAAAGCAAUCAAAAUUUCUUACAGGAUUGGAUAAAUAAGUUGUGGCACAUUUAUACAAUGGAAUAUUUUUUCCUCUAUUAAAAAGGAGGUGGCUUUAUUACAUAUCAAAAUGGAACAAGUCUUCAACUUAUUUUGUUAAGUGAAAAAUUGAAGUACAGAGCAGUGUGUAUAGUAUGCCACCAUUUGGGUAAAAAUAAAUAAAUAUAAUAUGUAUAAAUGAAGUUUUGGGUAGUAAAUAGGAAACUGUAAGAUGGUUGCCCCCUCAGAGGGAAACUGAGUGCUUUAGGCGGGAUGGUGUGGCAGAUACUGUUAGGUAGACACCCAACAAUUAAUCAGCAACCCUACCUAUUCCUUAAUGUCAACAGAAUCCUUAUUUUUUUGAGUCACAAUGGGUCUUCAUCCAAGAGAUGAAAGAUGGUUGGUUUAAGCUAAUCUUGAUAAUCCUAUUUUCAUUCGCACAUACUUAAGUUUUUAGUCUUUCUUAAAACUAGAGGUGGAAAUGUGAAAUUUAUCACAUGAGAAAUUUAUCAUUGUCAUUUAUAGUGGCCAUCAGAAAAGAUAAUGAAAUAAGACUUUCGAUUCUUACUUAUAUAAUCCAAUGUCAGUAAAUAUAAGCACUAAUGAAUGCUGACUUGAAUGCUCAGGGUUUUCUUGAAAAUUCUAAAUUCUGUGAUAAAUAAUUGACCACUGUGACAAUAGAACAUAAGUCAUUAAAGUGCAUUCCAUUACACUAAGUUGACAGGAGUUCAAACAGUUCUCUGUAAAUUUGUUUAACUGCGUAGAUUAAAUGGCAAUAUAUUUUCUAUAAUGAAACUUGUUGAAAUGAGAGGGAAUCAGCUAUUUACAAUCAUGGCAUAACUACCUAGGCCUUUCUGUAUAGAGCCCACAAACAUCGUGAAUGUGAAUCAUGUCAUUCAGAGGGUUAGUGACCAUGCCUCCGCCAUGAACAAGAGAAUUCAUUACUACAGCCGGCUCACCACUCCUGCAGACAAGGCACUGAUUGCCCCAGACCAUGUAGUUCCAGCUCCAGAAGAGUGCUAUGUGUAUAGUCCAUUGGGCUCUGCUUAUAAACUUCAAAGUUACACUGAAGGAUACGGUAAAAACACCAGUUUAGUAACCAUUUUUAUGAUUUGGAAUACCAUGAUGGGAACAUCUAUACUAAGCAUUCCUUGGGGCAUAAAACAGGCUGGAUUUACUACUGGAAUGUGUGUCAUCAUACUGAUGGGCCUUUUAACACUUUAUUGCUGCUACAGAGUAGUGAAAUCACGGACUAUGAUGUCUUCGUUGGAUACCACUACCUGGGAAUAUCCAGAUGUCUGCAGACAUUAUUUCGGCUCCUUUGGGCAGUGGUCAAGUCUCCUUUUCUCCUUGGUGUCUCUCAUUGGAGCAAUGAUAGUUUAUUGGGUGCUUAUGUCAAAUUUUCUUUUUAAUACUGGAAAGUUUAUUUUUAAUUUUAUUCAUCACAUUAAUGACACAGACACUAUACUGAGUACCAAUAAUAGCAACCCUGUGAUUUGUCCAAGUGCCGGGAGUGGAGGCCAUCCUGAUAACAGCUCUAUGAUUUUCUAUGCCAAUGACACAGGAGCCCAACAGUUUGAAAAGUGGUGGGAUAAGUCCAGGACAGUGCCCUUUUAUCUUGUAGGGCUCCUCCUUCCACUGCUCAAUUUCAAGUCUCCUUCAUUUUUUUCAAAAUUUAAUAUCCUAGGCACAGUGUCUGUCCUUUAUUUGAUUUUCCUUGUCACCUUUAAGGCUGUUCGCUUGGGAUUUCAUUUGGAAUUUCAUUGGUUUAUACCAACAGAAUUUUUUGUACCAGAGAUAAGAUUUCAGUUUCCACAGCUGACUGGAGUGCUUACCCUUGCUUUUUUUAUUCAUAAUUGUAUCAUCACACUCUUGAAGAACAACAAGAAACAAGAAAACAAUGUGAGGGACUUGUGCAUUGCUUAUAUGCUGGUGACAUUAACUUAUCUCUAUAUUGGAGUCCUGGUUUUUGCUUCAUUUCCUUCACCACCAUUAUCCAAAGAUUGUAUUGAGCAGAAUUUUUUAGACAACUUCCCUAGCAGUGACACCCUGUCCUUCAUUGCAAGGAUAUUCCUGCUGUUCCAGAUGAUGACUGUAUACCCACUCUUAGGCUACCUGGCUCGUGUCCAGCUUUUGGGCCAUAUCUUCGGUGACAUUUAUCCUAGCAUUUUCCACGUGCUGAUUCUUAAUCUAAUUAUUGUGGGAGCUGGAGUGAUCAUGGCCUGUUUCUACCCAAACAUAGGAGGGAUCAUAAGAUAUUCAGGAGCAGCAUGUGGACUGGCCUUUGUAUUCAUAUACCCAUCUCUCAUCUAUAUAAUUUCCCUGCACCAAGAAGAGCGUCUGACAUGGCCUAAAUUAAUCUUCCACGUUUUCAUCAUCAUUUUGGGCGUGGCUAACCUGAUUGUUCAGUUUUUUAUGUGAAAUACCUCAACUGUUUUUUUCAAGAGCUCUCAUGAUAUUUUGAGCCUUGACAACAGUUCUAUAUAAAUUCACUUGUAAAUGCUGCUGUUGUGUAAUUCUAAAUAUUUUCUAAGAUAAUUUGAAAGCAAGGGAAAUAGUGGCCCCUUAAUAAGUAUUUUUUUACUGGGGUGGGGAAAGGGGCAAAAAGAAUGAUCUUAAUGUCUUUACCUUUCUCAUAUUAACUCACCUCUUUAUUCUGUGGUCUUUUCUGAAUAGAAAUGUAUGCCCUAGGAAGAAAUCAUGCUGGGUUUUGCUUUUAGAGAUAAAAGGUGGUGGAUUUAUUUUGCCUGCAGUAAAGAUUCUCAGGGUGUCAGAGCAGCAUAUUGCCAAAUCCUGCUUCUGUUUUAUGUUUCAGUGUAUUCACUUUCAUUUUCUUACUUACUAGACCAUUUCUGCAGUUUGCCCAAACCUCUAAUGUUUGGGACAGUAAGCCAAAUACCUCAUUUUUAAAAAGAAGUUUUCAUGGCAUCAGUGUUAAUAAAGUACAUUUUUAACUGAGUCUUAAUCUCUAUUUGAAGAAAAAGUAGAGAGAAAAGUAAUGUCAAUGUAAUCCCCAGGAUCAUGAAAUGUAUACAGAAUAAAUAAAGUAGGAGAGUUUGUUGCUGUCUAA